AUGGUGGAGUUACAGGUGAGAUUGAGGAAAAAUGAAACAAUUGAUAAAGAAUUGCAGGCACAGAUUAAAAAUGAAACAUAUCGUUGGAGAGGGGUUUUGACAAGAAUUGUAGCAGUGGUAAAAUGUUUGGCUAAAAAUAUCCUGGCAUUCCAUGGAAAGAAUGAAAACUUGGAAGAUGGUUCAAAAGUGAAACAAUUGAAAGGGCUUGUUUCUUUUUUUGAGAAUUAUAGGGGAAAAGGAUUUGCAUCAGCCAUAAAUUCUGCUAAAGAAAUUGCUUCCAAUAUAGGAGUUGAUCCUGUAUUUCCUGAGCCACGACAAACUUCUAGAAAAAGACAAUUUGAUGAGAUUGCCAAUACUGAAAGAGAACCACAAAAAGCUGAAGAAUGCUUUAGGAUUGAUUAUUUUCUUGUUGUGGUAGAUAUUGCUCUUAUGGAGUUGACGAGUAGGUUUGAGCAAUUGAAUACUUUUGAAGAGAUGUUUGGAUUCUUGUUCGAUGGAGAACAGUUAAUGGCAUUGGAUGAAGAUGAUUUGAGAAAAUGUUGUGUGAAUCUUGAAUCUGCUCUAAAAAAGGAUGAUCUGUCUGAUAUUGAUGCAUACGAUCUACUUUUGGAAUUAUGA